CUGACUCUCCUCUGCUCCAGUCCAGCCUCCUACAAACAGCAGGACAACUUCAGCUCAAACUUGUCUUCUAAUAUCGACCUCUUAACAUUGAUCUCCAGAUCAGGAUUGAGGAUUUAAGCGCCGCCUGACGCUCGGGAUCAUGGAUGAUCUAGACGCGUUGCUUGCAGAUCUCGAGUCUUCCACCGCACAUAUCUCCAAGUGCCCAGUGUUUCUGCCCGAGGAGACGCCGUAUUCCUUCCCCACCGGAGGACACCUCUUUCAGGAUGACUCUCCCCCUCCACCCUUGCCUCCUCCACCAUCAGCUGAGGCCCUGAACGGCUCUCUCUCACCACAGACGGACUCCCAACACUCCUCACAACAGUCUUUGGGUUCGGCUCAUAAAGUUACGUUGUCCCGGGACAGCAGCCCACCCGCCUCUCAUUCUGAAGAAGACCACGUUUAUAGUUUUCCUAACAAGCAGAAGCACUCGGACUCCUCGGCAGCGGCCAUGACUUCUGCCCUGGGCAGCAACUUGUCUGAGCUGGACCGCCUGCUUUUGGAACUCAACGCCGUCCAGCAGAACGCUCCGUCUUUUUCUACGACAGAAGACGCAGCUCCUCCACUGCCACCCUGCAGUGUUGCCCAUUACAUCCAAGAAAAUGGAGCCCAUCCGGGCAUCAUACUGACUCCUGCAUCCCAGGACAAGUCUCAGAAGAAUGGGACGGGGGAUGGACGUCCCACUAUGGAGAGUCUUCUGAAUGAGCUGGAGAACUCCGUGCCAUCCCCAACGCCUAACCCCUGUGCUUUGACCUGCGAUUUGACGGACGGCCAGUUGGACACACCCUCAGAGCAGCAGGGCCGAAUAUCUGCCACCUCCGCUACACGAGAACUGGAUGAGCUCAUGGCCUGUCUGUCUGAUUUUAAGCCGAGCUCUUUGGGUUCCCUGAACUCUGAGCCACUGUUUGAUCAAACCACUACCAUUGCUGAAAUCCACUUGCCUCCUACAACCACAGUGUACAAAUCUCUGUCCCCUACCCACCCAGCACAACCAAGCCGCUGUUCCCCUUCUGUUAACUUUGAUUUGCACAUUGAGGAAGAUUCUGGUGUACCAGGGACCAGCCCUCCACUGUCCUCUGUUGUCCCAAAGCCAGCCCCUUCCUCUAGAUGGUCUCCUUCCGCAGUAUCCAGUCCACGGUUUUCUCCGGUAGCUGAUGUAGAUCUAGAUUCUCUCAUUGACGUCUCUGCAUCCCUCAUCACCUCCCAGGUUGAUUCUAUAGUGGUCCUGUCCAAGACUGUAACCACCAGCACUUCCAAUGUUCCUUUCAGUUUACAUGGAGGUCAUGACCCCUGCCCUGUCAACUCUUCUGCUAAACUGAAGUCCUAUUCUCCAAUAACCAAGUCUCCAAGUCCAGUAUGUUCUCCAGCGGUCAGCAGAACUCCUGAAAGAGUCAGUCCAUUGGUCACUCAAACGUCUGCUGGUUUUUAUAUAUCCAGCUCUGAACGUAAACCUUCAACCUCCAGUCCAGUUCCAUCUAUUCCCAGGUCUGCAGCAUCUCCUUUUCCCACAGUCUUCGAAUCACAAACGUCAUCCUCUCUUUGGUUUUCUAAAGCUGGUUCACCCCCUCUCACCUUCCAUCCUGGCUCAUCUCCAGCAGUCCCCAAAUCCCCCAGCCCAAAACCAAUAUCAGAGCAGCCCACUGUGUCUAGAAAACCCCUUCCACGCACCGCUUUUGACUCCGCAAAUCCUGAGCCAUCCCUUGAUGAUGCCUUGGAUAAACUUUUAGCCAUGAACUUCAACAAGCCUGAGAUGGCGUGUCCAAUCCCAGACUCCAUGACUCCACGGCUCACUUCAGAGGCCCAACCAGAGAUAUACGAGGCCACGAUAGUUGCGGCGGAUCGUAGCGAGAUUCAUCCAGACACAAACACGGAGAGUGAUUUAGGGGACGGGCUCCUUGAAGAUCAAUCGGACUGUAGGAGUGAUCUGGACUGGGCUGACAUGGAGUUGAAGCUGGUGUAUGAUGGGGCGGAUGGUUCCAUGACCCCCAUGACUGAAGCGAGCUGGAUGGACGAGUCUCUCACUCCGUCGUCUUGCCCUGGAACCCCAGACGGCCAGAUGGAUCUUUCUAUGGUUCAUUCGCCUGGCACAAUGGACAGGAUCUCAGCCUCUGGACACCUCAAAUCAGUUAUUAGACGCACCAAGGAGAUCCCCAAUGUUCACCCUAUGUACCGGGAAGGCAUGAUACGUAGGAAGAUGGGUCCUCUUAUUUUCCACAAGAGCAACUCCCAAGACCGACUCAUUGAGGAACUCCAGGGCAAGCUGGGAAUUGGGCGCAAAGAGAGGGUAAAAAAGCAGCAGUCAGAUGAUUGGCUGACGGAGGGCGUCAUUGUAAUGUCCAAUCCCAAGCGCUCAAGGGAAGACCACAACAGGGAGGUGGAUAAGAUAAUCAUACCUCCCGACUCUCCUCUUCCUCAAAGAAAGGUGAUCCCACCUCCCCAAUCCCCCCCAUCCCCGCGCGCCCUUCCCCCUGCUGAGGAACCGAGACUUGCCCCUGUGGUCAAAGUAGCUCCUGUCCCGUUGCCUCCUCCCCCACCCCCUGCCCCACCUCCAAGAGAGCCCACACCUCCUCCCCGCCCCUUUGUGAUUCCGCCCAUUCCCCACGCCCCUGAACCUGUAAAACUUCCACCACCCUCCCCAAAGCCUGUUUCUGUACCCUUACCCAAACCCGUCCCACCACCUGCCCCUGAGACUCCGCCCAAAGUGCUGGUGUCAGUGGGCUGUCAGACGGAAUAUGACCCUCACUUUCCUCCAAUGCAGAUCAUGGCCCAAGGGAAGGCUCCACACACACAGGUCAAUAAACUGGACAACAUGCUGGGCAGUUUGCAGUCUGACCUCCAUAAGCUGGGAGUUCAGACAGUUGCUAAAGGAGUGUGUGGCGCCUGCUGCAAACCCAUUGUGGGCCAGGUGGUUACAGCUAUGGGACGGACGUGGCACCCAGAGCAUUUUGUGUGCACACACUGUCAGGAGGAGAUCGGUUCCAGAAACUUCUUUGAGCGAGAAGGACAGCCGUACUGUGAGACAGAUUACCAUAAUUUAUUCUCGCCACGCUGCUACUACUGUAAUGGACCCAUACUGGAUAGAGUUGUAACAGCUUUAGACAGAACGUGGCACCCUGAACAUUUCUUCUGUGCUCAGUGUGGAGCUUUCUUCGGUCCUGAAGGGUUUCAUGAGAAGGAUGGUAAGGCCUACUGUCGUAAGGAUUACUUUGAUCUCUUCGCUCCUAAAUGUGGUGGCUGCGCUCGUGCGAUCCUGGAGAACUACAUCUCAGCGCUCAGCUGCCUCUGGCAUCCAGAAUGUUUUGUGUGCAGGGAGUGUUUCACACCCUUCAUAAACGGCAGUUUCUUCGAGCACGACGGGCAGCCGUACUGUGAGGUGCAUUAUCACGCCCGCCGGGGGUCGCUGUGUUCCGGCUGCCAGAAACCCAUCACGGGCCGCUGCAUCUCGGCCAUGGGCAAGAAGUUCCACCCCGAGCAUUUCGUCUGUGCCUUCUGCCUGAAGCAGCUGAACAAGGGAACCUUCAAAGAGCAGAACGACAAACCUUACUGCCAGGGCUGCUUCAUCAAACUCUUCAGCUAGAAUCUCAACUCUCUGUGUGUGUGGUUGUGUGUGUGUGUGUGUGUGUGGUUGUGUGUGUGUUGUUCAUGUUGAACUGGUGUGUGAAUCUCAAAAUGUGCAGGUGGCUUUGCCGGUCAGGUUAAAGCGACGGUGACAUGAUACGUGUUCAUGAGAGCAACGUUGUUUUCAGAGGGAGAAAUGAUCAGGUGACUGUAUUUGAGAAAGUCUGUGAAGAUGAAUUCUGCUCACUGGAUGAGCCGGUUAGAGGAGAGGCGAACGAGACGUGUGGAGGUUUAUGUACACAGAUGUUUGACACACAACCAGAGGAAUAUAACAAAAAAAUGAUCCUUUUAACUGAAACUCAAUGGGAGCCGAUAAUUAUUGAGUCAUAUUUCACCCCAAACAUCAAAAGAAAAAAUAUUAUAUUUUAUUUAAAGACUAAAAAAUCGUAAACUAGCUGCAUUUGUAUUUUCCACUGUUUCAGAGUUGAACUUAACCUCUAUAAAUGUAUGACUUUUAGUGCCUUGUUUUGUAUUUCAAAAGACAAAUUAUACCAAAAGUGUAGUUUUGCAUAAAGCAUAAACCAUGAAGUUCCCCCAGGAUGUUGAAGUUAUAAUUAAAGGCUGAAGUUUUGCUUCUUCAUCAUAAAGUUUCUAGUUUAUCAAACAGUUCAUAUCUGGUCCAUCUUUAUGUAAUUCAUACGAAGUUAUAUUUUAUAUAAUAAAUAUUUUGGGUUAAAUAACUUGAGCUCUAUUGACAGGUACCUGUUGAACAUAAAGUAGUUAACAAGAAAAAACAGUCCUGUUAAGAGCAAUGCAUUUUUAAUGAAGUACAUAAAUACUGUUUAAAAUGUGCAACGGUCACAUUUUUGAGUCUAAAUGUUUUCCGGUAUGUCACCGAUUUCGUCAGUAGAGAUCUGAUGUAUUUAACUCAAAACGUAAGCUACAGUAUCCAGCCAAAUAUGUAUUUAAGAUUUUUAUUUUUAAUGCAGUUUUGCUCAAAACUGUUCCUGAAUAACCACUGAUCAUUUUCAACUUUGUAGACGUGAUGUUGAUGAUCUACAUAGCUGUGACAAUGUUGUGCAAUGUUCAUCCCUUGAAUACAGUAUAUGAUUGGUUUUGAAAUGAGAAUCUAAUAUUGUCUUUCUCAUUCUCAGAGACAAUUCUAGACAAUAUUAUAACUGCUGUAUUGUUUUACUAUAGUAUACUAAUUCUUUUUUUCUUGUAGUGUUCUGUUUGCAUGGAAGUCUUAAAGGUCCGUCAAUCAUGUUCAAGGGUGAGUUUUGAAAACUUGCCAUAAUGUUGCAUUAAAUGAUCCAAUCGGUGAAGUCGUUCUUCUGUUCAUGGAUGUGUAUUGUCACUGGAAGAAGUGAUUUUCAGAUCAAGAGUAUUUAAGAUAUGAUCUCUUAUGUCAGAAUGGCACAGCUUCCUGGGUGCCUGCCAAAAAAAAUUGCGAAAUGUGAUAUAAUGAAUGCAUUCAAACAAAUACAGUGCAUAUGAACUUUCCACCAGCAAGUGUUUAACAUAUGAAAGCUUUUCUAUGAUCCAAUGUGCCAGAGAUCUGUAAAUACAGUUCUCUCUCGUCUGCUGUUUUAAGAACACUACUUUGAAAGUAGAGGAUAUUCUUUGAUUUGUUUUAAUAAAUUCACUAUGAUUAUGUUUUCUUCGCUUUUAAAUGCCAUGUGCCAAAAGAGCUUGCAGUGGAAAUGGGGACAUUAUAAAUCUGUUUUAAUCACAUAUUUACACUGGUCGAAUGUUUUGCUUUAUCUUAAGAACUUUUAUCAUAGAAAAAGUUAUAUAAAUCCUUUCACUUUAUUCCUCUGUCUGAUUCAUUGUUUUACUAUUGCUUAUAAUUUACCCAAUGUGAAAACAGCUAUGCAUAUUUUUAUUUUCUCCUGUAUCGCUGUCACACAUGUUGUUCUGUCAGUCUUGGUUACUGUUACAAUUAAUACAAUACAUCAAAAUAAAUGUGAUGUUUUAAUUCACUGAAUAAUUUA